AAUGUUUAUUAUAAGGUAAUAGAUAAAAAAAUAUAAGAAAAGAAUCUUAGCAUAAGUCAAAAGUUGUUUGCCAUUACCAAAAGAACUUAGAAUAAAAUGGAUAAAUGUGAUAAUACACCUGUCCACAGCACUAAAGUGCCUUUUGAUCCUGGCUGGAACGAUCCACCUCAGUUUUCAUAUAGUGCACAACAAACGACACCUAAUAGGCCACGCAAUUUCCUCAAUAAACGAGUCGCCUUUCCACUUUCUGGUACUGGUUCGACACCAGUGUCUAGUCCUCCGGCAAAUUUACCUCCAAUGCCAGUGCCAAUGGUUCCAGUAGUCCCAACACUGAGCACACAAAUUAAUAGUAGAAAUGAAAAUGAAGAUAUUGAAAUUGACAGUGCAAGUACACUCAAGGAAGUGAAAGAUAUUUUAUUGAAAUUUGUUGAUAGUGGUGACUUGGGAUCCAAAGGAAAUGAAGUUAAAAAAAGAAUAAAUGUUAUGGAAGAUAUGUGGUCAAAUGGAAAACUAAAUAAAAGUGUUCAAGUUAAAAUGAAAGAACUAGCUUAUGCUCUCCGUGAUGAUCAGCCAGCUAGGGCAGAUGAAAUCCACAAAUCCCUCAUGGUGGAUCAUGUGAGUGCAGUAUGCACAUGGAUGUCUGGUGUCAAACAGCUCAUCUACCACUGCACUGCACGCUUAGAACUGCUGGAUAUUGACAAACAAGAAAGUGAAAAAUGUGAUGCAGAAUAAUUAACCCAUUUGGUUCCAACUCACUUUACAAGUUCACAUGAUAACUUCAAACCCAUACUCGCAUUUGAAUGUAUGAUAUAAUAAUUAAUUUUAUACUCACAUCUGUUAUAAUUAUUUAAAUA